UUUCACUUCAAUAACCAGCCUGUGUAGAACAAGAUCCGCUGCUGUUUAGUUGCAGUUUCCACACAACAGGACUUUCCUGUAUCGUAGUGUCGUAUUAAAAACAUCAGCAGACAGCCGACAUGAAUCAAAAUUCUGUUGUCAUCGUCUCCGCCGCGAGGACGCCAAUUGGGUCCUUGAACGGUUCUCUGUCCACGGUGCCUUUGCACGAUCUGUGUUCCGCGGUGAUCAAGGACGUCCUGAAGCGGGCCGCAGUGAAGCCGGAAGACGUGUCCGAGGUCAUCCUGGGCCACGUCCUGACUGCAGGUCACGGUCAGAACCCUGCGCGUCAGGCCAGCGUCGGGGCGGGCAUCCCCUACUCGGUGCCGGCGUGGAGCUGCCAGAUGGUGUGCGGCUCGGGGCUGAAAGCCGUUUGUCUCGGGGCGCAGUCCAUCCAGACCGGGGAGUCCACCGUGGUGGUGGCGGGAGGCAUGGAGAGCAUGAGCAGAGCUCCUCACACGCUGCACAUGAGGGCAGGAGUGAAAAUGGGCGACACCUCCCUGCAGGACUCCAUGGUGGCCGACGGUUUGACCGACGCCUUUCACGGCUACCACAUGGGCGUGACGGCGGAAAAUGUGGCCAAGCAGUGGGGCGUCAGCCGGGAGGCGCAAGACGUGUUCGCCGUUCGGUCGCAAAACAAAGUGGAAGCGGCGCAGAAAGCCGGAUACUUCCUACAGGAGAUUGUCCCAGUCGUGGUUUCGUCCAGAAAAGGAAAGGUGGAAGUAGAAGCGGACGAGUUCCCUCGGCACGGCAGCCACCUUGAGAGCAUGUCCAAGCUGAGGCCGUGCUUCGUGAAAGACAACAGCGGUACCGUCACCGCCGGCAACGCCUCAGGUAUAAAUGAUGGCGCGGCCGCCGUCGUGCUCAUGAGCCAGUCGGAGGCUUCGAGGCGGGGCCUCCAAGCCGCGGGCAGGAUCGCGUCGUGGGCUCAAGCCGGAAUCGACCCGUCUGUCAUGGGCACUGGACCCAUACCUGCCAUCAGGAAAGCGAUUGAAAAGGCAGGUUGGGAACUGGACCAAGUGGAUCUCUUUGAGAUCAACGAGGCUUUCGCUGCACAGUCCAUCGCAGUGAUUAAAGAGCUCGGACUAAAAGAAGAAAAGGUGAACGUACAAGGCGGCGCCAUCUCGCUGGGUCACCCUAUCGGGAUGUCGGGCUGCAGGGUUCUGGUGACGCUGCUGCACGCGCUCCAGAGGACCGGGGGGAGGAAGGGGGUGGCGUCCCUGUGCAUCGGAGGAGGGAUGGGCAUCGCCAUGUGUGUGGAGAGGCCCUGAUGGUUGAACUUUUGAAUGUUGUCCGACGGAAUCGCACUUUUUUUCUUUUUUUUUUAAC